CAACACCAGCAGUAGCGGGCUGUCAAAAUUGGCGUUUCGUAGUCGAUUUCGUAUUACAUCCAUUUUCACGUGUAUAUUCUGGGAAAUGCUAUAUUUUGCAACGUUAGUUUAGUUAACUAUCCUCUAUCUGCGAUCGAGUCGUUAUCGCGAUUACGUUCAAAAACAACUGCAAGGUUAUGAUGUGUACGUUUAGUGUUCCUCGAAAUUGUCAACAGUUUUAGUUAACGGAAUCGAUACAUCAUGUCGCCUGAGCCUACGCAGGAGCCGAUUCAAGAGACUUUGACAGUUUCCAAUGCGUCCUUGGGUGCAAGAAUGGCAAAUGAUUCGGACAGCGAGGACGAAGACAUGGGAAUGGCGGGAUACGUACCGUUAUCACAGGUUUCUACAGAUGCCGACCCAAUACUGGACGACGACGAGAAUGACGAGUGGUUAUCUGGAAUUGGCGAAUCCAGUCAAGCACAAGCGUCUUCUUCGACAGUCGACAGUCAGCAGAGUUGUUCGUCAGAGGUGCUGGAAGUCUGGUCGUGUUCACAGAAUCGCACGGACAUCGACUUGGACGCAGCCAAGAUCAAGCAAGUCAAAUCCGUGAUGGCAUCCAUCAAAUUGCCUGAGACUAGCAUUCCGCAAUGGGCCAGUGCGAUCUCGGAGGAGCAAUGGAAGGAGCAACUUCUCGUCCGCAUCAAAGAGAUGCAGAACAAGGAUCCAUAAAGCUUAAGCCGCGACGUAGCCGCCAGUUGCAGCGACAGUUUUAAGACAGCGACGUUUAAACAGUAGCUGCGCAUAGUGAGCAGUAAUGAGUCGAAGUAAUUUAUCAUUAAUAAUAAGCCGUAAUAAAUCGCGACUUGAAAAUUAUACAGAAACAUAACGUCCCCGAAUCACCUGUCGGGUAUCGCUGAGUCUUGCGUACACUUUAUCUAAGACUUAAGUGAUGUAAAAUGAAAACACUUGAAUUUUAUAUUACUCUAAGCAAAGGGCAAGUUGUCGAACCUUUAGUGUUAUUUUUUUGAAGGAACGUAACGAGCGUGACGCAAUUGUGACGUGAGAGAAAGAAAAAUCAGAAUGAAUCUCGAAUGAAUUAUUAAGUGUAUUAUUAUUGUCUUCGUCUUUUUAUAUGUUAUGUUUGAAAGCAGAUUAUAAGAGGUAUAUG